AUGCCUCCUUUUGCGGAUUCUCUUGACAAGGACGAGUACGUACCCAUGGCCGGGAAUCCGCCCUCGGAAUCGUUGGCAAGCGACCAAGAGGCAGCGUCUCUCUACCAUGAGGACAUUAUUCCCGAAUCGACUAGGGAUGAUCUCCUCUCCGUCAUUCCUGGUAGCAGCUUCCCUGCGGAUGCGUUCUGCAAAACAGCUGAGACUAUCUUCAUAGACCCUUCCCAUGAGUCUAUUGUUCCAAGAGACCUUAUUACGUCAUACUUCGAAGCAGAGUGUGAUAUUUCCAAACUGGAGAUAUUGGAAGACAUCAUGAAUUACUUCCAAGAUCCAGCACCUGGGAAAAGACGGGAAACUUUCAUCGUUUCACCAUUCAACGACAGGAUCAACUUCCUCGUGAGAUAUAGUGCCCAUUCUCAUGAGCGGAGCUUGACGAUCCUCGGAACAUCCGACGUGAUAAGAAACGUGCCGGCAUGGCUGGUACAACUCAUUGAUACCAUAUUCUGUAUCAUGCGUCUUCGGGUGUCCAGCUUCGAGCCUAAGGUGUUCAGCUGGUUCUUGGAACAGCAACGCCUUGGGCUCACGCUGAUUGCUCAACUGGGGCGAUUUGUCCACCUCGGCACAGACCCAUCAGAUAUUCAAUCUAUCUCGAUGUUUCCCGCAAUAGAAGACAUUCGCAACGACGGUUUCUGGGAUUUUGCGGGGUCCGAUAUCGACAUAGACUUGCGAGCCAAGAGCAGCAGUUAUGAAGAUAAGGACGGCCUUUACAGCGAUAUUGAGCAGGAAUCUGACCAGAGUUACGGGGCACAAUCUGAUACUGCCGAAUUCUCUUCACAAGAAGACAGCGUUCCGGAUGCCUAUGCGAAGGCACCUGUGAAGGCCAAGGCCACACCCGUCAUACCCACGUUUACCGAAGCCGACCUGAUUUUCCCAUUGACUCAGCCUGACGACUUGAAACUAGCGGCCCUCUUUGCCGCUUCAAUCCAGGUAACACAACUGCAAACGUUGGUGUACUACAGCUGUAAGGAAGCCAGUUAUUGCUUGGCAACCGCUGCGAUUGACUGGGUCUCGGUCUCCAUAGUGGCAGAAGGGCUCGCUCCCAGCGACCUCAAGGGUCUAUAUGCUCCUGAAGUCUGCAGCCAGUUGUAUGAGUCUGAUGAACAUGCUGAGUUCAGGCGCAAGGCUCUGCUGGGACCAAACUGGGAGAGGCUCAGAGGUAUAUCCUCUUUCGAAGGCAUGCAACCACAGGAAGGGGACCCUUUUGGCCUUAAUGAUCGUUGCCCUGGUAAGUGCAGCAACUGCAAGGACGCCAGGGACGAUGAAGGUCAUGAGAUUGUCUGUUUCCACCCUCCCUCUACUUCAAGAAAGCCAUGCAAAAGAUGUGUGGAGAUGGGAGAUGAUCUAGAUCGUGGCUGCGAUGGCGGCUGGAGACGAUCUAGGCAUCGGGGGUGCAAGACUGGGGAUGAGGCCGACGAGGAGGAUGACGAGACCAGUGAGCAUGCAGAGACAGACGACGACAGCGAGAGUUGCGAUUGA